GUGUUGGUCAAAGAGUGAACUCAGGAACAUGGCUUCAUCCUCUGUCAGCUUCUGGAUCCUCCUCAUCACCGUCUGCAGCACAGAUGGAUUUUUGAAUUUUAGGAAAACUCAUUGUCAGUUUAACUCCACUGAGCUGAAGGACAUCGAGUUCAUCGACUCUUAUUACUACAACAAGUUGGAGCUGGUGAGAUUCAGCAGCAGUGUGGGUAAAUAUGUUGGAUACACUGAGUUUGGAGUGAAGCAGGCAGAAGCAUGGAACAAAAUUCCUGGAGAGCUGAGCAGGAUGAGAGCUGAGAAGGAGAGAUACUGCCAGAACCAUGUUGACAUUUACUACCAGGCCGUUCUGUCUAAAUCAGUUCCGCCCACCGUUCUUCUGUACUCCACGACGCCCCCCUCUGGUCAUCAUCCAGCCAUGCUGGUCUGCAGCGUCUACGACUUCUACCCCAAAACCAUCAAAGUGAGCUGGUUCAGAGACGGGAAGGAGGUCACCUCAGACGUCACCUCCACCGAGGAGAUGGAGAACGGGGACUGGUUCUACCAGAUCCACUCACACCUGGAGUACACACCCAGGUCUGGAGAGGAGAUCUCCUGUGUGGUGGAACACGCCAGCCUGAAAGAACCUCUGAGAACCUACUGGGAUCCGUCCAUGCCUGAGUCUGAGAGGAACAAGAUCGCUAUCGGAGCCUCAGGACUGGUUCUGGGUCUGGUCUUAUCUCUGGCUGGAUUCAUCUACUACAAGAGGAAGGCCCGAGGACGUACUCUGGUUCCAACCACUAACUGAGGAGGGAUCCUGGUCCUGGUCCUGGUUUUGAUCCUGGUCCUGGUCCUGGUUCUGUUUGUCAGAUGGGAUAAUAAUGAGUUUCUGCUUCAACCUGCUUUCUGUUUUCAGCUCAGCAGAUGAUGAUUAGAUUAGAUGGAGACUUUAUUCCUCCUGUGGGGAAAUUAAUAUGAUAAAGAUAAUAAUGCAAUAAAGAGAGGGUCUGGACUGUUCUAGACCUGAUCCAGGACUGGACUGUUCUAGACCUGAUCCAGGACUGGACUGUUCUAGACCUGAUCCAGGACUGGACUGUUCUAGACCUGAUCCAGGACUGGACCCCUGAUGCUCAGCUGUACCUGGUUCUGUUGGCCUAGUUGUGGACCAGGGGUCUGGUUCUGGUGGUCUUGGACCAGGGUUCUGGACCUGGUCCUACUGGUCCUGGAUCAAGGUUCUGGUCCUGGUUCUGGACCAGAUUGUGGUCUUGGUCCUACUGGACCUGGACCAGGUCCUGGUCCUACUGGUCCUGGUCCAGGUCCUGGUCCUGGUUGUGCUGCUUCUUGUAUCUGCUUUGAAAUCAUGUAAUCAGGAGUUUGAUUCUGCUGCAGCUCGUCUGAUUCACAUUCUGACAUUUUUACUGGAUGUUUAAUAAACCGUCACCAACUCUGA